GGCAGAACUGUAAAAAAAAACUAAAAUUAAAAACAAAAGUCCCGGCGAUCGUGCAGUGUUGUGGUUUUCGAUAUCGAAAUUUCUUGAAAUCAUUUCAAUAUAAUUUUACUAUGACUGCCUUCGAAGAGUUCGGGGUACUCCCCGAACUGGGGAAAGCCAUUGAUGAAAUGGAAUGGACCCUUCCCACGGACGUGCAGGCCGAAGCUAUACCACUUAUUCUUGGUGGAGGAGACGUCCUCAUGGCUGCAGAAACCGGCAGUGGAAAGACUGGUGCUUUCUGUCUGCCCAUCCUACAGAUAGUAUGGGAGACACUGAAGGAUAUUCAAGAAGGGAAGACCAGUAAGGUCAUCCUGACGACUUCAUCAAACUGGACGAUGUCGUUUUUCGAUCGUACCGAUGCGCUCGCAGUGACUCCAGAUGGGCUGCGCUGCCAGUCCCGGGACCACAACGGCUGGCACGGCGGCCGCGCCACCAAGGGCGUCCACUCGAAGGGUGCCUACUACUACGAGGCCACCGUCACUGAUGAAGGCCUGUGCCGAGUGGGAUGGUCUACUCAAGCAGCUCGACUUGACCUGGGCACAUGUAAACUGGGCUUUGGGUUUGGAGGAACUGGCAAGAAGUCUAAUGCCAAAAACUUUGAUGACUAUGGCUCUGCAUUUGGAAAGAAUGAUGUCAUUGGCUGUCUACUAAAUCUGAACAAUGGUGAGAUCCGGUACACAAAGAACGGUGAAGACCUGGGAGUGGCGUUUGUGCUGGACCCCGCACGGCGCAAGGACUGCUACUUCCCCGCCGUGGUGCUCAAGAACGCAGAAAUGAGCUUCAACUUUGGAGCUACACCUUUCAAGCACGAGCCGCCGGCGGGCUACGUGGCGGUGUCGGCGGCGGCCAAGGACUGCGUGAAGCUGAACGUGGUGUCCGCCGCUGCCGCUGUCGACUGCAAGCCCGUCAACAACGCGCCGCAGGCUAUUAUUAUUGAGCCAUCCCGCGAGCUCGCCGAACAAACCUGCACUCAAAUCAGCAAGUUCAAGAAGCACCUGUCGGACCCGGCGGUGCGCGAGCUGCUGGUGGUGGGCGGCGUCAACGUCAAGGACCAGAUCAGCCAGCUCAAUGCUGGGGUUGACAUAGUCGUGGGCACGCCGGGAAGACUCGAGGAUCUUAUACAGGGAGGCUACCUGGCGCUCACCCACUGCCGUUUCUUCGUGCUGGACGAGGCGGACGGGCUGCUCAAGGCGGGCUACACGGAGCUGAUCGAGCGCCUGCACCGGCAGAUCCCCAAGAUCACGUCCGAUGGACGCCGCCUGCAGAUGGUCGUGUGCUCGGCGACGCUACACGCCUUCGAGGUUAAGAAGAUGGCGGAGAAGCUGAUGCACUUCCCCACGUGGGUGGACCUGAAGGGCGAGGACGCGGUGCCGGAGACCGUGCACCACGUGGUGGUCAACGUGGACCCACAGCGGGACCGGGCGUGGGAGACGCUGCGCAAACACGUACAAACGGAUGGGGUGCACGCGAAGGACAACAUCCGCAGCGGCAACACCACGCCCGAGACACUCUCCGAGGCCGUCAAGAUACUCAAGGGAGAGUACUGCGUGCGCGCCAUCAACGAACAUAAGAUGGACAGGGCAAUAAUCUUCUGCCGCACAAAGAUCGACUGCGACAACUUGGAGCGUUUCUUCAAGUCGCUCGGCGGCUCCCAGUACUCGUGCGUGUGCCUGCACGGGGACCGCAAGCCGCAGGAGCGCAAGGCUAACCUCGAGAAGUUCAAGCAGGCGGAGGUCAAGUUCUUGAUCUGUACUGAUGUCGCGGCCAGGGGGAUUGAUAUCUCUGGGCUGCCUUUCAUGAUAAACAUCACUCUCCCUGACGAGAAGUCGAACUACGUGCACCGCAUCGGGCGCGUGGGCCGCGCUGAGCGCAUGGGGCUCGCCAUCAGCCUCGUCUCCACCGUGCCCGAGAAGGUGUGGUACCACGGCGAGUGGUGCUCGUCGCGCGGCCGCAACUGCUUCAACACGAGCCUCACCACCGACCGGCCCAAGGGCUGCUGCGUGUGGUACAACGAACCACAGUACCUGGCGGACAUCGAGGAGCACCUGAACAUCACGAUCCAGCAGGUGGAGUCGGAUAUGAAGGUGCCCAGCAACGAGUUCGACGGGAAGGUCGUCUACGGGGAGAAGAGGAAACAAAUCGGCACGGGAUAUAAGGACCACGUGAGCCAGAUGGCGCCGGUGGUGAGCCAGCUGCAGGAGCUGGAGGCGCAGGCGCAGCUCUACUACCUCAAGAACCAUCACAAAGCUAGCGUUACCAUACAGUGAAGUCUAUUACUUAUUUAUUGUUAUUACUACACAUAUUACAUAUAAGUACCUAACUAUAAUAAAUGACUGAUAUAUCAAUCAAUAUGA